GACCUUGAAAAAGAUCUUGAACAUAGAAAGCAGGGAAUUGAAGAUAACAAUCGCAGGUUUGCUGAAAUGAAAGCUGACAAGGACAAUCAACAAAAUUUAAGAAACACAUUAUGGCGGCAAGAGAACACACUUCAGCAGCAAUUAAGUACAACAACUGAAGAGUUAAAUAAAAGGAUACAAGGUUUACGAUCUCUUACAGGCAAGGGUAUGUUGAAUGGAAUAGACAGCAUACAGAAAGUGCUACAGUCAUUUCGUGAACAAAAUAAAUACCCAGAAGUUAUCAGUGGUUAUCAUGGUCUGCUUAUUGAGGCCUUUGAAUGUGACAAAGUUUAUUACACCUGUGUGGAAGUUACUGCUGGCUCUAGACUUUUCCAUCAUAUUGUGGACACGGACCGUACCGGCACAAUCUUGCUGAAAGAAAUGAACAGGAUGCAUUUACCAGGAGAGGUUACAUUCAUGCCACUAAACCGUCUUGAAAAUAGAGAUACACAUUAUCCAGACACUCAGGAGGCUGUAGCUAUGAUAAAAAAGCUCACAUAUGAACCGCAUCGCCAGACAGCUAUUAAACAGCUAAUGUGUUUGGUACCAGCUUUAAAAGCAGAAGACGUGGCAACACAGUUUGCAAGGACACAGAAUCUUGAUUGUAUCACAUUAGAAGGCGAUCAGGUGAGUCGUAGAGGAGCGCUAACUGGUGGCUAUUAUGAUACUCGAAGAUCCAGACUUGAUCUGCAGAAAAGUAAAGUAGAACUGACAAAAUUGAAGCAAGAGCAAGAAAUAGAAUAUAACAGACACAGAGUGGAACUGGAGAAAGUCGAGCAGUACAUCACUAAUUUAUUGUCAGAGAUGCAAAAAUUGGAAACCAAGAACAGUAAAAACAAAGAUGCGUAUGAAAAAGUUCAGACUGACCUGAGGAUUAAAAAGGAAGAAUUAGCCACACUACAAACCACACAGCCAUCCAGGGUGAAAAGUGUAGCAAGCCUUGAGUCCAGUUUGCAGGCUAUGAAAGGCCAGGCAGAUGCUUUAAAGGAAGAGCUGGGUACAGAACUUCAGUCUCAGCUGAGUGUAGAAGACCAGCGACAGGUGGACUUUCUCAAUGACCAAAUUAAUAGACUCACACAAGAGAACAGACAAGCAUGGCAGGAAAGAAUCAGACUGGAAACAGAGAAAAACAAACUAGAAAAUAUUUUAAAUAACAACUUGACAAAGAAACGGGAGAGGCUUCAACAAGAGUUGAGGGAGGUUAGCUUAGAGGAGCAAGAGAGGAGACUGAGUACUUUCAAGGUUGACAAAAUAGAGGUAGACAAACGAAUGGCUGAACUUGAAGCCGGUAUUGCAGAAACUGACACAAAUAUUGAAAGACUCAACAAGGAACAAAAACAGUUGCAAACACAGUUAGAAUUGUGGAGGGGCAAAGAACGAGACUUGCAGGAGAAAAUUGGAGAAGAUGCCAAAGAGCUAGAUAAAAUUUCACAGAAGCAAAGCUGCUUGAUUAAAAAGAAAGAAGAAUGUAUGAAAAAAAUCAGAGAUCUCAGAUCACUGCCAUCAGAUGCCUUUGAGAAAUAUCAAAACAUGUCAUUAAAACAGCUGUUCAAGAAAUUAGAAAGCUGCAACCAGCAGUUGAAACGCUACAGUCACGUCAAUAAGAAAGCACUGGACCAGUUUGUUAGUUUCUCUGAUCAGAAGGAAAAGUUGAUGAAGAGAAAGGAAGAGUUAGACAGAGCACAACAGUCGAUCAUAGAUCUUAUGAAUGCAUUAGAUCAUAGAAAGUAUGAGGCAAUACAGUUAACAUUCAAGCAG